AUGAAGGUCACAUCAACCGCUGUUCUUCUCUACGCCCUGGCUGCUCAGCAGGCUGCAGCUACGUCCUGGGGUCGUGGCGGUGACAGGUUCAACAGCCCAGCUAACACGAAUAACGAAUGUACCGAUACCCAGAAGCGUGGCUUCGACUGGAGUGGCCUCGGCACUGGGUCUUUCGGCUCAUAUGGUGGCUUUGACUUCUCCGGCUUCACCUGCGGAAACAAGUUCGGCAAGCGGGAUGCCCUGACCAAGCGGAGCUUCCAGAGCAAGAGCAUUACUGGAACCAUCUCAAAGGAAUCUGGCAACGGUCCCGAGAUCUCCUGUGGCUCAGACAAGUCAUUCUCGAUCACCCAGAUGCAGGUUUCUGUAGACUUUGAUACUGAAGUGGAACUCCAUUACGGCAUGCAGGACGGCUCAACUUGCAAGCAGAGGGCCUCUUGUAGCUCAGGUGGAUCUGUGGUUUCCAACACACAGUGCGGCGGAGCCAAGUCUGUUCGCUUCGGGCUGCUGGGUGGCGCGAAGAAGGGUUCAUGCGGUAUUGGCAUUCACAAGAUAGACUUCGACUGCAGCCCGCCGGCGAGCACGGUCCCAGCUAUCAGCACCACAGCCUCAGUCCCCAACUUCAGCAGUGAAGUGUCGACUCAACCCGCCGAGACGACCAGUGUCCCAGCUGCUUCGAGCAGCGAGGUAUCCUCUCAGCCUGCUGAGACCAUCAGCGUUCCGCUUCCGUCCUCGAGCCUUGCCGCCUCGAUUACUCCCGAGUCUUCCGCGCCAGCCGAGAGCACUACCAUCUCAGUGCCAUCCUUCAGCGUCCCUUUUGCCAACUCCAGCAUUCCGGUUACAAGUCAGGUUCCCUCCACCAGCGAGGUCUCGCCCAGUUCUGAAAUCCUGUCAUCAGUGCCGGCAUCUUCCACUGAAGUCUCGCCUACGGCCGACGUAUCUCCAUCUUCUGUCCAGAUGACAACUUCAACUAUUUUUAGUACCGCUACUUUUACCGUUACGUCCUGUGCUCCUACAAUCACUAACUGCCCGGCAUCUUCCACCAAGGUGGUUACUUCUGUUAUUGCUGUUUCGACUACCGUCUGCCCGGUUAGCGAGGCUGGAAGCGUUCCACCAGCUUCUUCUACUCCGGCGCAGUCCAACCCUGCCAUUGAAGUUCCCGAAUCGUCCGUGCCAGCAUCGUCCGCAUCAGUCGAGACUACACCCGUCGAGACCUCGCCCGCAGAAACCACUCCUGCGCAAUCUAACCCUGCUGUUUCUGUGCCUGAAUCGUCCGCGCCAUUCUCUACUACGCCUGUCGAAACUGCCCCUGUGGAGUCUUCUGCGCUCAGCUCCAUCCCGGUUUCAAUCCCGGAGACUCAAAUCACUAUUAUCGUUUCCACUACGCUCACCACGUGCUCGGCUGGAGAAACCGUAACUGAAGGGGGUGUUACUAGCGUUCUGAGCACGCCGAGCACAUCAACGAUUGUGGUCACCUCGACGUCAACAAUCUGCACCAAGUGCACGGCUCUGCCGUCAAGCUCGGAGGCUGCGCCCGUCUCGAGCUCUAUCGUCAUCUCGGUACCUGCUACCUCUGCGCCUCUCCCGUCUAGCUCGGAAGCCGCGCUGUCGAGCUCUUUUGCCAUACCAAGCUCCGAAAACGUACCGUCAAGUUCAGAGGCUGGUCCUAUCUCAAGUGCGCCUGCCUCUUCGGCUCCAGUCUCUUCGGCGCCCGCUCCAUCCGCGACAAUUCCCGAGACACAGGUUACCAUUAUUGUGACCUCCACAGUGACCACCUGCUCGGUGGGCGAGACUGUCACUGACAACGGUAUUACGAGCGUCUUGACUGCGCCCACCACCUCUACCAUUCUUGUCACAUCGACAUCAACGAUCUGCACCAAAUGCACUGCGGCUCCGUCAAGCUCUCUUGCUGCUCCAGUUGAGAGCACCCCGUCAUUUAGCGUUCCAAUUACGUCUGCCUCCGCUCCAGCUGAAAGCACUCCUGCAAUCGGGGUUCCGGCCACGUCUGCACCGGCGUCCUCUGUCUCAUCGCCUGCCCCCGCGCCCUCAGCCCCAGCACCAGACGUCUUACCUAAAUGUCUAAACACCUGGAUCUCUCAGUCUGGCUGCACGGAUAACACCGACUCGAGCUGCUAUUGCAAGAACUCAGAGUUCACCAAGAGCGUCAUCGAGUGCGUUGAAGCUUGGGGCGGCGACGAUGCGAAGGUACAAGAGGCGCUGUCCUACCUCGUCGGUAUCUGCGCUGCUUUCGUUCCGCAAAACCCGGGCAUUAUCACCAACUGCCCCUCGUCCAUCACCCUUGGCCCGACGCCUGUUCCUGAGACUCCGCUACCUGUCUCCUCAGCGGUUGUUUCAUCCACAGUCGACUCCAUCCCGGGUGCCUCGUCCGCGCCUGCCGUAUCGUCCGCACCGAUCUUCUCCUACGCCCCAGACGUCUCCUCCGAAGUUGCUCCAGUCACUUCUGCCCUCUUAUCGCUCUCGGCUUCCGCGCCUGCCCCCGCGGUCCCGACAUCAGCUCUUCCCCAGAGCGCUCCGGUCACAACCAUCUACAUCGAGACCACCCUGACCGUCCCUUGCACUUAUAGCACUGGUCCCUCCAUCGGCGCCACCAUUCCCGCAUCUAGCACAACAUCGAUCCUCUCCACCGCCGUCACAGUCCCCCAGGUAGCGUUCACGACCCAGACAGUUACCGCACCUGGAGCUACGUCGACGAGGGAGGUUGAGCUGAUUGUGGGCCCUUCGCCUGCUGUCCCGGCUCCUAGCACCGCUAUUCCAGGCUACAACACGGCUACACCGGCCUCCAGCACCGUUGUUGCACCGAUUGGAUCGAGCUUGCAGGCGCGUUCGUCGACGCUGGGCACGCUUGUCGCCCCCACCGGCACUGCUGGCGCAAGGACGUCCAGCCCGGCGCAAUUUACGGGUGCCGCGUCCGUGGCGAAGGCUGGAUCCGCUGGGAGUGUCUUCUUAGGCGGUCUUGUUGCUUUCAUGGUUUUGUAA